ACAUGUCACUUUUUCGACAUGUUCUUUGCAGUCAAUAGUUUGAUUAUGUCUUAUUUAAUAACGGUAAUUCCCCUUUCCCUAUUAAAGAAAGACAUUAUAGGGUAACUCAGUGAUUGUAUUUAGACAGCGGUUGUCAAUUUUUGACACUAUAAUAUUCUCUUUAGCAAACCUACUCGCUUAUUUGUUACUCUGACGCGUACAGAUGCUUUAUGCGUUAUAUUACAUAAGCGCCUGUCUAACUUGGUGUCAAUCGUUUCGCUCCAGCCCAUCAGUUUCGCACUCGAUGUUAAAAAAAAUGGCGUAGUGUAUUCGAGUAAAGGAAAAUUAUCAACUAUGUUUAUCAAAAACGCUGAAAUAAAGUGAAAAAAAAUGGGAAAAAUAUCUUGGAAACUUAGACAUUAUAGCAACGGAAUUUACUUGUCUGUGAUAAUUUUAUUAUUUUUUCUAACCUUUGCGGGAGGUCAGCGAUUUAACCGACGGAGGGCCGGUUUGCAUCGCCCUGGAUACGUCGACUAUCAGGCAAGGAACCAGUACAGACCGGAACAAACAAUCGGACGUGAUCGGACGUUUAGGACAAGAAGGAGACAUGACAAUGUCAAUACAGUGAAUAAUCGUAUACAAAGAUUAGAUUAUUUGAGACAGCAACGUGCUCACAUCGAAACCAAAAUAGAUAGACAUAAUGCUCAUCUCCAGCAGGAAAUGUAUCGUGGUACAGGAAGUGGGAGAACUGCCCAUGAUAGCCGUACUGUAACCGGACGUGAUUCAGGUCUGCAAAAUUUUAGAACGGGAAAUAGUGCUAAUAGUGAUAUUCUUGGGCGUCACAACCACAUCAGACAUUCUAACAGUGAUAUAAUAGAUUAUAAUAAUCAAAGAACUGCAGGUGCGCAGAAUCCAAGAACAGCUGUUGUGAAAACGAGGCGUAGAAAUAAUUAUGUAAGACCACGUGGUCGGACCAGUAUUGUAGAUAUCAAUAGGGAUACCGUUGGAAAUGGUGGACAAAUUACUGGGUACUCUCCCUUAUUAAACAGAAGAAUUGUUUCUCCACAUCAGUCACCACUUGUUCAAACAACUGAAUAUACAAGGAGAAAUUCGCUAAGACAUUUUAAACCUUUUAGUUCCAAUUAUUUAAGACAACUUUCCGCUAAAAGCGAUAGAGUAGGAAACAGAAAGUAUUAUCCGUUUGCUCAUAGUUCUAGUUCCGGUCACGUGACCACUCGCCGAGUUCGCCCAACUCGUCAGAGUUUCCCCGAUCGACCAAUCGUUUAUCAAACCAGAGACAGGGGUAACUCAGUGCAAGAUCGAAACAUUAUCGUCAACUCGUUAGAUGCACCUGUACAGCGACUUCCGGUUGAACCUACAAAAGAUACUCCAGUGCGACGCUUAGAGAACGGACAAAGUGGUAGAAGUUUGCAGAAAGUUUUAAUGCCUUUUCCGUCUGUUGUACCAGAACAUGGUACAAGCAAUGGUCCCGUCAAAGUUCUGCGAAGAACCGAAUUGCCAAAUGGAGACACAAUCUUAAAAGUAGUUCCAGUAAGAAGUAUCGUUGUUCCUGCUGUAACGAACAUACAAACUGGUCCGCGUGCUGUACAAACAGAACAAAACGUAGUGCCUGUUCAACACGUGGGUCGGCAGCAGAGAGUUUCCACAAAAAAUAGUCCAAAUAAUAUUCUUGAGCCCAAAGCGGUUAAUGCAAACCUGUUAGGGUCGAAAAUAGUCCAACAUUUUCCACCCACCUCAGAUUUAGUACAGUCAAAUCUUCUUGGACCAGGUGCAAUACAAACAAGCGUUGUCUUGCCUGGCACAAAUCACAUGCCAAAUACGGUUCAGUCAAAUGUUCAAACGAAUCGGUCAAAUGUGCAGGUACCAAAUACAGUCCAAUCAAAUAAGCACUUGCAAAAUACGGUCCAGUCAAAUGUGCACCCGGUUCAAUCAAAUGUGCCAGUGCUAAAUACAGUCCAAUCAAAAGGACACGUGCCAAAUACCGUUCUGUCAAAUGUGCAUGUACCAAAUACAGUUCUGUCAAAUGUGCACGUGCAAAAUACAGUUCAGUCAAAUAUCAAUGCACCACAAAAUCUUCAAACAGCUAAUGUGCAAGUGCCAAAUAAGAUCCACCAGUCAAAUGUACAUGUGCCAAGUACUGUUCUGUCCAACAUUCACGCACCACAUACAGUUCAAUCAGCUAAUUUGCACGUGCCAAACAACACGGUUCAGUCAAAUGUGCAUUUCCCAAACACGGUUCAGUCAAAUGUGCAUGUCCCAAACGCGGUUCAGUCAAAUGUGAACACACUUCAAUCAAAUGUGCCCAUUCAAAAUACGGUUCAAGCAAGUUUGCACUUGCCAAAUACGGUUCCUUCAAAUGUACAUACAGGUCAGUCAAAUUUGCAAGCGCCAAAUACGAUUCAGUCAAAUGUACAUACGGUUCAGUCAAAUUUGCAAGUGCCAAAUACGGUUCAGUCAAAUUUGCAAGUGCCAAAUACGGUUCAGUCAAAUUUACAUACGGUUCAGUCAAAUUUGCAAGUGCCAAAUAUGGUUCAGUCAAAUGUACACGUUCCAAAUACGGCUCAGUCAAUGGUACCCUUGGGAAAUACGGCUUCGCAUUUUUAUCCGGGAAAUUCGUGGUUAAGUCAAAUGUUUCUCAACAGAGAACAACCAGAUUCUCCGGAUCCCACAGAAGUAGUAAAAACGGUUACAGAACUUGUUAGUCUGCUCUCGUCUGUAGUGCCAGAUGUCGCAGCUACUGGCGAGGAAGAGGAAGAAAUCGAAUGGGAAGAUUUACCACCCACCACUACAACAACCACCACCACCACUACUACAACUACAACAACGCCUUUACCUCCAACAGAAGCACCAACAACUCCAAAAAAUGUCAUCAAAUCUAUCGCCGAAAGAAUAGUAUCUCUCCUUGUUCAAAGAAGUGGCAGAAAGCGUAUACCAAAAGUUAAUAACAAACAGCAAAUAUCAAAAACAAAUGCAAAGAACACUCUAGUUAGCGCUACACCAAUUUUGCCUGUACAACCAUUGCAAACACACAAGAAAAAUCCAAUCGGAGCAUUGAGAGACAAACUUCUUCCAGAAGUUCAACCAACGUUUCCUGCUCUACGUCCAAGUGUAAUAAAUCCAGUCAUUGGAACUAAUUUGCCGCUUACCGCUACAGAAAUCGCCCUUGCAAGAUUAGUAUCUCACCCUACAAUUAGAAGUAUCCUACAAAGUCAAGUGUUAGCUCAAGAUCUUGCGCAAACAGGUAACAGUGGACAAUUAAAUCUGAACGACGUCAUUUUGUCAGAUUCUUUUCCGCAUACAGGAACAAACCCCCUGGUGGAGGAUAUAGCCCUUGCACCAUACAUGUCGAGCAAUGAUUUAGGUGGUUUGUCAGUAAAGAAAAUUGUUCCCAUUACAAACGAAUCGGGAUCUAAAGGUAACAAAACUAGUCCCUUAAAAGUAGAACAAAGUCAAGGCAAGUCGGAUGAUAUUGCUGUUCAGGCUCUUUUAGAAAAGAUAAAAAACAUUGUAUCUAUUCAAAAUGCUCCAACAAAGACGGAGACAACAACAACAACGGCACCAGUUACUUUGGCUCCUACUACGCCUACUCCUAUAAUGUUAACACCUGCGCCUACGUUUGCUUCUGUGCCAGACACGUGCAGACCUGGAUCUCCAAACUUCCAGUGUAAGGGAAAAGACAUGUUUCAAGCAAUGGAAACGAUUGGAGCUUGGUGCAUAGGCAUGUGUUUUAAGCGAGGAUGUAUAAGUACAGUAUGUACAUGUGGAUGUAACCUUCCUCCAACACAAAUGUCUCCGUCUGCAAUACCGUUAACCCCUGCACAGAGGAGGCAAGUACUUAAUUCUUUCGAUUCUUCUCGGUGGGGAAGAACAACACAAAACCCGGUUACAACUGAAGAACCGCCUGAAGAAGAAGAAGAAGAAUGGGAAGCUGAAGACGGAACAACAACUAUGGCCCCAACAACAACUUUAAAUCCAUGGUGGGCGGUACCAUGGGACGGAAACUCACCUUCGCCACAAAGUGAUUUCAGGUUAAACCCUAUAGAUCAACAUUCAUCCGAUGCGAAGAAAAUAGGCCAACACGUUUCUGAAUUAAACGAAAUAGCAUGGGCAUCUGAGAUCAAGUCUCGUUUAAACCAGCUUGCUGUAAAUGCUGACAACUCAACGAAUGCUGACGCUUUUGUCGCUGAACAAACUGCAUCCGGAACUAAAGCUCCGCCCAAUUGGCAAGGAACAGAGUUUCACCUGCAAACUCCGCCUCCUAAGAAACCGCCUCCAACACCUGAGUCAAAUGCAGCACGAUCAAAUACAUGGCAGCGGAGACCACUUCGAGACAAGUGGGGAAGAAGUGAGCGUUUUACGGGAGGCGGAGAAUCUCAAUCAGGGAGUAACCCCGGUUGGAAUAUGUGGAACAAUCCUUGGCAAAUGAACUCAUUCGGGAACCGUUUCGGUGGUGACUCUCGCCUCAGCAGAUUCAGGUUUAAUUGGGGUGGGGGUUCAGGUGGUUCCGGUGGUGAAGAAAAUGAAGCUGCUGAUUAAAAGUAUUAUGACUGAAAACAUUGCAAUAAAUUUACACACACAAAUUUUGUGACUUGAAAUCGGUGAUAGGUGGAAAGUUUACACAAACGCUAGAUGUCUGUUUUGUACGUUUCACACCUGAAUUGUUCAACAAAAUGACUUCCGGUCAGAGGAACAAACACGUCAUGGCGUUCUACUGAAUUCAGAGCGGGGUGAUCUGACAUAUAGAAAACAAGGGUAAAAGUUGCAACGUCGUAAGAAUAUAGGGAACGUAGUGUGUUACAGCAAAAUAUUUCGGAAUUUAUGUGAAAGUUCUUGGAUACAAGUACUGAUUAAAUUUGUUCAGGUAUAUUUAUAUUAUCAUUAAAAGGUUUUUUAAAAUGAUAUAAGAUGACGUCAGAGUCUAGAAGGAAAUGUCAAUAUGACAUUUUACAUUGCUAGCAUACCAUUCAGAGAUGUCAAAUGGCAAAGAUGUAAUUUUUUGUGUGUUUAAGUAAGGUAUUUUUUACAACUUGUAUUUGCAUCGUGACUGUGUAAUUUUGAAAUGUUGUUCACAUCUUUUAUUUAUUUAUCUAUUAUUAUUUAUUUAUUGCAAGGGACAACGUAAUUGUCGUUAAUUAUUUAUAAAUUAGGAAUCUUAGAUUAAAGUUGAAAUUUUACCUGUUUAAACAUGGUGAUUUUUUGCAUAAAACCAAACUCCUUGCAGCGGUUACUUCCCCUGAUCAGUAGGAAAAGCGUGACGUAACCGCUGCGAGGGGUUUGGUAUAAAACAAGAGGAAAUAGUGAAAAUAUAAAGGAAAAAUACAAAAAAGAUAAUAGAAACUAAGAAUGAGUUACAAUCCAGCAAUUUUGGUCGUUGUAAAACUAGACACGAUUAUAGUAAAAAACAGCAAAAACAUGACGUAAUUGUUAUGACGUCAAUAUUAUUUUUGUUAAAAAUGUUAUAUCAUUUGCGUUUUUUUGUAAAAUGUGCAUAGUAAUCAAACCAACAAUAAAUUUGCUUGGAUGUUGGGUGAUACGGUUAAAGCUUUUCAAAGGAAUAUGUUUGGUUGUUGUUGUUGUAAUUUUUUUACAGACCACAGGGACCAAAAUCGCUGGACGUAGCUUAAAUAUUUAAUUAGUUUUUGUAGUAAUAGAGCUAUCAUGAAAUGAUUAUAAUGUAAACAUACGAUGUAUUUAUUUAUUUAUUUAGUGCAAGACAUGGUGUGUGCUGAUAACUUUUGCACUUUGGUAUAUUUGCAUUGUCCAAUUGAUAAAACUGACAAUUAACUGUGUAGAGAUCUAUUUAACUUAAUAAAAAAAAACAUUAUUCUUUAAUGAAAAAAAGCAGGGACAAAUUCGAUUGCUAUGGCUAUAAUCUUGUUAUUUGUUUUACGCAAAUACACUCAUUUGAGUCGAAUUAUUGAAAUAUCGCAAACAAUCGUUUUCACACCGCCAUGUAACCUGUCAGAAUCUGUAUUACUAUUUCAUAAUACAGCGCAAUUCCUUAAUCCGAGAGAAAAUAUGAUAUAAUUAAUUAAAUUAACA